GACCUCGCCCACAGAGGCUGGCGUAGCUGCGAAGGAAGAGGCAGUACCAGUCCAGUGAGCGGGAAGGGAGUUUGAAAUAGAGACUUUUCUUUAAAGUGUGUGUGUGUUUUUUGCCCCGGGCCUUUCCUUCUGGAUCUUCCGGCCGUUGCAAGUCAGGUCGAGCAGGACGAUGGGGGGUUGCACGGCGGCCUGGAGUUGGAGCUUGCUGUUGGCCGGCGCGGCCCUUUGCCAGCCUAAGCCGGGCGCAGACGUUGCACCGGCGGUACAGCAACUGGGCGACGCGAACUGGACCCUGAUCCUGAGCGGCGAGUGGAUGUUGCAAUUUCACGCCCCCUGGUGUCCAGCGUGUAAGCAAAUCCAGGCCGAUUGGGAGGACCUCGGGAAGUCCAGCAGGGAGCUUGGCAUCCACGUGGGAAAGAUAGAUGUCACUCGGGAGCCAGGUUUGAGUGGCCGUUUCUUUGUCACCACCCUGCCAACCAUUUACCAUGCCAAAGAAGGUGCUUUUCGGAAAUAUCAUGGAGCGAGGAUGCUGGAGGAUUUCCAGAGUUUCAUUAAGGAGAAGAAGUGGGAGGCAGUCGAAUCGAUUAGCGGGUGGAAAUCUCCAUCUUCUGUCGUAAUGUCUGGGAUGGCCAGUCUUUUCCAACUCUCCGUCUGGAUCAGGCAAAUGCACAGUUACCUGACUGAAACACUGGGGAUCCCAGCUUGGGGCUCGUACAUUAUCUUUGCAGUGGCUACUCUAGUGACAGGUCUCAUUCUUGGCCUGUUUUUAGUCCUAAUUGCUGAUUGUAUAUGUCCCCCGAAACGGCAACAAAAAUAUGAGGUUACAGCAGAGAUUGUCGAGGCGGAAGAUGAGGACUCCGAGGAGCUGGACAAGAGGGAGCAGGAUCCCUCCGAGUGGGAAACGCACGGUUCAGGAGCAGAGGAUGAAAACUACGUUCCGAGCGCCAAGCACUCGGAAGAUGAAUCAGCUUUUGAGGAUGAUCAGCCGGCAUCUGAUAGUGAUGCUGAUGGGGGACCUCGGAAGCGAAUAAUCCAUGACGAUUGCUAAAUUCUCACUGAUAGGAACAAAUGCCACCAGCUAGGACUCUGACCAAAGAAUUGUGCUUCUGUGGACUUUCUGUCCUGACUUUUCUUCUUGGACUUUGAAAUUUUGGUUUGUUUGGAUUCCGUUCUUUUUCUCUUCAUUACAGAUUUAUCGGCUAAGACAAUCUUGAUGAAAUGUUAAUUGAGUAUAAUGUACAGGUUCUGCUUGUAGCCUUUUUAUGAAAACGAUGCUUUUUGUAGGUUAAUGAAUGUUUUCACGUUUUGUGUUUUAUAAGAGGGGCAGCAGCUUUCCACUCAGCUGCUGGAUCGGUUUCUGUGAGCAGAGUUUGCCUCGAAAGCAAAUAUCGCUGGCUGCCAAUUUUGUGCUGGGAUCUCGGCCGAAGAGAGAGUGCUCUGGCCUCUGGGCAGCUCGCCUUUCAGCAGGAAUUUGAUUUUCGGGUAAAGAUCAGGCUGGCUUAGGCUUCGCGGUGCAUCAGUUUGUCGAUCUGCAAGUGUCCGCUCCCUUUUGGGACACCGCGACUGUGCCGUCGCUGCAUCGGAUGUAAACCGUUAAGAUUUACUAUCGAGGCAGUGGGAGAUGUGUUUCAAGAUUGACUGAAAGGAUGAUUGGCUUGUGAUUGUGCGUGCACAGAAGAGGGGCAGGACUGUCUGUCUGUACGUACAGUUGAUCCUAGUUUUGAUGUGUACGUGGGGGACUCUUUGCAGCUAGUAGAAAUGGCUGUCUGCCGUGCUGAGCGAGCACUUUUGGACAUACUUUAUGUCACGUCACCUCCCACCCAAAAACACCC